UAUGUUGUCGAGGCGACAGGCGUUCUCAGUGGCUGUCAGGCAGUGAUUAAUUUAAUAUUUACUGAUUAAUUUUUAAUUAGACGAACUGUAAUAUUAUAUGUAACAAUGACUCUAAUGCCGAGAGAAUCCGGCCAUCAAAUAGCAAUGCUAUCUAAAAAUGUUUUCCUCCAAGAAUUAGGAAUUAAAAAUAUAACCUAUGUAAUUUUAGAAGACCUCAAGAAUCGGAGAAUAAAUACAAACAAUUUUUCCCAGUUUCAAUUUCAUCCUUCUCCCGAAGAUCACGGGGCUGUCGAUUGGAUAUUCGUCUUAGAUACAUUGAAUUAUUCGUUUUGGAGCAAAUCGGAUUCUCCAAAGUGGACCGUCAAUGGCCAGACAGGAUAUUUUGCAUUGUGUGCUUCUAUUAAGAGGGCGAUGGAUGAGGGAAAACCUAUAAUCGACCCAAAGUAUUACUCUCGCAUAACAAGGUGCGACGCCGAGCAGAUUUUUCGGGGCGAUAAUACAGCUACCAUUCCACUUUUAGACGAAAGAAUAAAGUCAUUGCGAGAAGCUGGAAAGAUUUUGUUAGAAAACUAUCAAGGCACCUUCACGGAAUGUAUCAAAUUGUGUUCAGGUUCAGCGGAAAAGUUGCUGAAACUUAUCGUGAACGAAUUUGUAUCGUAUCAAGACGAGGCUGACUACCAAAAUCUUCGAGUAAGUUUCUACAAGAGGGCACAAAUAUUGGUGGCCGAUAUUUGGACUUGUUUCAACGGAGAGGGAAUAGGUGAAUUCCACGAUAUAGACUAUAUCACGGCAUUCGCUGAUUACCGUAUUCCUCAAGUUCUCUUGCACUUUGGGGUGUUACGUUAUAGCAGUGGACUGCUAUAUAGGCUUCAGUGCGAUGAAGAGUUAGAAAACGGCGGGGAUGACGAAAUUGAAAUUCGCGGAUGCUCGAUAAGGGCUGUCGAGUUGAUGAAGGAGGAAUUGAGAUAUUUGAUUGGUCGCGAUCCGAAUCUAAACUUAGAGAAAACAGAUGUCAACGAGAUAUCGAUAGAUCACUAUUUAUGGAAUUAUCGACGGGAUCACGCCGCUGAGCUAGACCGUAUACCGUUCCAUAAAACGAGAUGCAUAUAUUACUGAACAUUUCACGCAUUCCUAUCAUCCUAACGUUUCCAAAAUCUUUUUGGAAACUCAACUAUUUUUGCGAUUAAUAACAGGUAAUACUAUUGUAAGACGUUUGCAGUUUAACGGAUUCAUGUAUUUUCGAACGUUCGAAUAAAACUGAGCCACCGU